AUGGAUCGAUCUCAGGAUCUUGACCUUAUACAGCUUCACACCGGCACCACACGUAUGUGGGGCAUGGAGCGGCCCAAUGUGUUUGAAGAUCCACCGCCCACUGCAGUGCUGGAGGCUAUAGCAGAGCUGUCGGCAGCAGAAGCAUCUCCACGGCCUCCUGCACCAUCGCCGCCCCCGACACCGCCUCCCUGGACCCAUAGUUGCCGUAUCACCCUCACCGACGAGGAGGCUGCCGUACAUUGCGUGGCAAACCCCGACCUCCCCAACCUGCCACCCACCCUGACAGCGUGGACGGGUCGGGAGCUGCUCCUCUCGCUUAUGCGCCCUGCAUCUCCACCGCCGAGCAGCACUGACAGCCAUGUUGGCAGUGGCACCUCUGACACCGCCAAUCACGCUGCGUUCUCGGGUGUGGAUCUGCGGCUUCGUGUACCACCUGAGGAGGCCCUUCGUGCCGCGGAAAAGGAGCUGCAACAGAGCUCAACCUGGACCGCCAAACCCUUUCCUGACAUGGGCAUCACAUUCCGGGGCGUGCCGCACUUGCGCAUCGUGGACAGUGUCAUCCGGAGCCAACGGGGCCGCGUACACAUGCAGCCGCUUGCACCGCUGCUGCAGUGCGAGGGUUGCCCGUACCUCACCGUGGAAAACGUCACUGUCAAAGGCAUAGAAGGACCGGAAGUCUACAUUUUUGAAGACUCGCCAUGGGUUAAUGAUCCAGACUUCCCAACCUUUGGCCCGAUACACGCGUCCGGCCUCAUUGGAGUCGAAGUAUCGGACUUCAGCUGCACAGACAUCGCGUUCAGCCAAGGCUGGAGUUGCCUUCACCUGCAGUACAAUGAUCUUGCUGUCGACGAAGGUGACGACGGUGAUGGUGUGGAUGCUGUAGCACCAGGGCUGCAACAGCUGUACGACACAGCAGCGGGCGAGGGUUUCCUCAACAUCCACGACAGCGCCUUCAUCAGCACGGAGACUUCCUGGGGUGGUGCGUACGGCGCAAGUGCACUGUACUCGGAAAAGCUGUACGGAGAUUACGACUUCAACACGGGUGUGGCCCCGACACCGGUUCAUCGUUAUGGCGGCUACGGCUCAGUAUUGGUUUCACGGCUGGCGGCCGGUGCCGCGGCAAGGGCAGAUGCAUACAAGGCACCGCUGGUGCGCGAGGCGACGGGUUCACUGCAAAUCCGUGUGUACGACAGCCUAUUCAAGGACAACUACGGAAACUUUGGCGGCGUGCUGGCAGUGCUGGGCUCCAGCCGGGACUAUGUCGAGUUUUCACGUUGCCAAAUCAGCGGCUCCAUUGCCCGGGACGGUGCCGUACUGUACGUCAACGGCUCGCUGUCGGGACUGGCACUACGUAACAUGCAAAUCGUCCAAAGCAUCGCCAACGACCGGGGUGGUGUUGCGUUCGUGAGUGGCUCAGUUGACCGGUUUAUCGUGACUGCCAGCAACGCCUUUAACAAUACGGCGUCGGCGGGCGGCAUGCUGUAUGCGCCGUACAUUGACAAGGUGAGCAUCAGCGACAGUGUGGUGACGGAAAAUGUGGCGACACUAUACGGCGGCGUUAUCGCUGCAGAAGGCCUGGGCGACGUCUCUGUGGCGCGCUCGGUUAUUAGUGGCAACCGUGCCCUUAACGGCAGUGGUGCGGUGUUGUACGCUACUAACGGCUUCGACUCCAUGAACCUCGGGAACGACACCGCCAUCAGCGGCAACACCGCACGUGAUGCUGGCGGUGUUUAGUCAGGUACCGCUUCUCCGUAUCUCAUUGGGUGUUGGCAGUGCCAUCACCAAUAACAGCGCGGGGCUCACGGCCGCUGGCGGUGCCGGCGUUGUUGGGGCUGGGCACCGGGGCUCAUUCUUGGGCACCGGGGUUUUGGACAUCACGAUGACGGGUGACGCAGUGCACGUGUGGACCAACGGUGGAAGAUUUUGAAAAAUUGACCUGCAGGUUGCACCAAACGAACCGGGUUGCAGCAGACUGGUGGAGACAUAAUUUUUCGCUUCAGCUGUGUGAGGUACCUGUGUGUGAGGGGAAGAUAUCGAGCAGGGUCGACCUCCCUAGCUAGGGUGAGGUUGUUUCCUAUGCUUUUCAGUUGUGUUUAAUGAAUGGCUCAGCGAAUCUGACAUGAUUCCUAGCCGUUUAAUAGAACGUGCAUGGUAACGUUUUUGUACAAAGAAGGGCGAUUACACGAGUUAGCAGCUGCUAGGGAAGAGCGCGGUCGGGGAUAAUCAUGCAGCUCGGGAACCAGUCUGGUUUACGAAACGCCGUUUGCUGGAGACCUAGUUGAGCUCGACGGGAUAUUGGAGACUAUCGAUGGUUAUGGUCACUGGAAGACUUGCGCCUUGGUUGUCAGAGCGCGCGGUAGGUGGACAUGGGUGUUACAUACACGCAUAUCGACCCAUUCAUGCACCAAGUAAUAAAAACGUUUUCAGCAGGCCAGCCUUUCGGCUGCAUGAGGCUGUAACGUCUUAACAGGGGU